AUGAAAUUAUUCAUGAAAAUAGUUUUAUUCUUUUUGGUUUUAAUUGGAGCAAGUAAUGCUUCUUUGAUUAUUGAUAUUAUCAAAAGUUUAAAUCCUGAAUUGCUAACAACAUAUUUCCCUAUUGGUAAAGCUGCAGCAAGUAAUUGUGUUGAUACAAGUUUUAAUCAUUGUCAAUAUAAUUUUAAUAGUGCUAUUGGUAUUAAUACAGCUCUUAAUUGGAGAAAUGGAAGUUCUUUACAAUAUCAAGUUGAUAAAGUUUCACAGGCGUCACUUACUUCAUUUGUCAAUGUAUGUGCUGCUAGUACCAAAUUUCUUCAAUGUUUAGGUACAUCUUUCUACUCUUGUAUUGAUCCAUUUGCCUUAAUGCAAAGACCAAAUGCCGAUUAUUCUCAAGUACUUCAAUACUCAAAUAUUUGGAAUCAUCUUUUUUUCACUUGUAACUCUGGAUUCGAAAUUAUUACAGAUAUGGAAACUUAUAAUAAAAUAGUUGCUCUCGGUAAAACUCAAGGAGUACAAAAUUGUAUGACUAAUUUCCAAUCAGGUAUGGCAAGUAAUCCAAAUGGUCUUUGUUCUAAUGGAGAUGUAUUCAUUCAAUGUAUGAAAACUCAAUAUGAUAGAGUUUCUAAACAAGCUGGUUGGGCACUUUGUGAAGAUGCUCGUGUUGGUUUUGCUUCAAACUGUCCAAACCUCCGCUGUUAUGUUUAA